UCACAAUUUCAAGUAUUUCAAAUCAAAGCUAUUUCAUUGCAAGAGUCUGGGCAAUUAGAAUAUUCUCAUCAUCUUAAAUUGGACAGCAAUUAUCACUUACAUUACAUAUUAUAAUAAAUAUGAUCAGUCAACAGCUGUAGGGAAACACACUACUACUUUAUGUAACAUACCACAAAGUUUGAGACAGACCUGUGUACAGAAUGUCUAUGGAUGUAUCAGGGUUACAUUUUCCCCUCAAUUGAACUAUUAGACCCCCAGCAUGACAAUGCCCCAUGUACAAUGCAAACAAUAGGGGUUACAUGGGUUAGAGUGGAAGAUCUUGAGGAGCUUAAUAUUGGCUCUAACCUCAACCUUAGAUUUGCAUGUUCUGUCUGUGACUGUAUGGAUUUUCCCUGGUUUUCUCCCAAUUCCCAAACAACAGGCCCCUGAUCAUCCAUGAUCAGAAUCAGGCAAAGGCAGUGAGAUUAAUAAAGGAUGAUAAAUAAUUACUGAUGCAGGCAUGAGUUCUGCAAUGGACACAUAGGCUUACAUUGUUUCAGCCUAUGGCCUAAAACAACACUUUCAUAAACACAUGCAAGAUGAUGGCUGCUCUCGUGUGACAUUUGGCACACUGAUUUGCUGGAUUCUUGAAUCUAAGCCCCUCGGGUCUCUACACAGGGUUUAUAUAAUACCACCCUGUCCCCGGUAUGUGGAGGGCGAGCGGUUCUCCUCGCCUUCAGUAAUACAAUGUCUAGUGUAAAUUACACAAUUCCUUUCUCUGUUGAUUUUACAAGUCCUGGAGAUGUUUUCAUUUUUAUUUACCACCUUGUGUUCGCCACAUGCGCGUCUUUGCUUGCGGGCUCGGUGGUCCUCGGUAUCCUGUGCACUCGAGCGCUGCGCUUGCAGAACCGCUUCAUAUUCAUGCUGAACACCAGCAUCAGCGACACCCUCACCGGCCUCUCCGUCUAUUACCUCGGCCUCUUCGACGUGCAGGAGGGCUAUCCGUCCCGAAACAGCACAUAUUACAUUCUGCCCUCGUUUUUAGGCGUAAACAUUAUGACGUUUGUGUUCGCGCAGUUUGACCGCUACUUGGCCGUGGCUCACCCGUUCUUCUAUAAGCGCUUCAUUACACGCUGGUUCGUCGUCGCGUGCUGUGCCUUCUGCUGGCUGUACACCUACUCUAUCCUGGCUGUUCAGAGCGUGUUACCAGUUGCACAGGCCGUUAAAAUGACUGCCUUUGGCAUCAUGAUGUUGCAGAUAAUAAUUGUGGUCAAAGUCUUGAUGACCAUUAAGUUAUACCUCAUAGCCAGACACCAGCUUGGACGUGAGGCACCGAGUCCGGAGAGAGACAGCAAGAAAGAAUCACUGCGCCUCAUCGUGUUCGUGGUGAUUUGUUUUCUGUCAUUAUGGUGUCCCUCCUUCGUAAAUAUCAUGGUCAGAUAUCUGUCCAACGGAGGGCUGCACUUUAGGAACGAAGCGACCAACGUGUUUGCCUCCAUGGCGCGCUUUAACGCACUCAGUACCUCUGCGCUGUACAUAUGGGGCAGUCCUGCUCUGCGCACUGCGGUGUGGAGCAUGAUGUGGAGGAGAGUGUGCACACCACCAUGCCACAUCAAGACUACAAGAGUGUUUAACAUAAAACCAGCAAAAGACAGAAUGCCGAGCAUCUCACAGAACACCAAGGACUCAUGAACGGUGAAAGCAGGAGACCGAACCAGACGAAGAGAUAAACAUUACAUGACCAGGUCUGGGUUAACCUGCUUUGCCCUCAACAUUUCAGGCUAAAUGUUUAACUAUGUUUGCUUUAUAUGCUUGCGUACAGCAUGUCAAAUGAAUAACACUGCUCUACUGCAUAUUCUCUACACUACAGUAAAUAUUUU